UUCGUGUCGGUUUAGGUUGCCUUUGGACAAACUUUUUUCACUGACUUUUUGAUCCGUUUGAGUAAGCCAAAAGACCAAAUGUUUGAGAUACUCUUAUGGAUGUCAUACCCACCAGGCCACCAUGUCUCUAACAUAAAGACAAUAAAUUCAACAUAACAACAAUGAAUUUAGUCCAAAUAACUUGUCUUCUAGUCAAAGAUAACUUUUAGUAUAAAAUAGUCAAAACGAUCCUAAAAAGUUAGCCCAAAUACCUGUUUGUUUUGGUUUUUGAAGGAGAUUUUCGAGAGUAAUGAAUGAAGAAAAAUAGAUAAAGAAAAUUGGGGAAAUGACGGCCAAUGACGUGUUUUGAUAAUUAAUACCCGCUAAGAACAUUUUCAGCAUUAACAAUUGUUCUUAGCAUGUCCUUGACGGGUAUUAAUUAUCAAAACACGUCUUAGGCCGUCAUUUUUCCAAUGCGAUCAAGAGAUUCAUCAUAAUGGGUCGGCCCAACCCCAAAAGAGAUAGCCCCGUUUGGACAACCCUCGGUUUUAUCACUUCAUUCACUUGUGUCUUCGAGCUACCAAAAUUAUACCCAGAAAUUGCAUCAGUUGAGCUACUGUGAACGAUACCACUGCGAAAAAUGAAAAACCGCCAUUGAGAUUCGUUUGCCCAACUCCAAAUCAAUGUCUCCAGCUAUCCAUUUCGUCACCCAAAACUUCCCAGGUUAUGGAUUAACAGAUGGAAGAUUUCUUCCCUGCUCAGGAGUUUCUGGAGGAAACGCCAGUUCGUCUCCUUGCUCCUCUCGUGGGCCCUACAAAACCCUUACACAUUUGAAAACUGCACCCGUAAAAUGCAUUUCCAGCAGGAUGUCUAUUGUAUGUAACUUCUCCAGGGAAAACAAGCGUGGCUUCUCCCGAAACAGGAACAAUAGGAAAGAUGACGAGAAUGGCUUUGAAAGCCUGGAUGAAUCCGAUGAUAUAUUGUCCUCAAAAAAUGGGACAAUAUCCUCUGCCUCCAAUCCUCCAAGAUACCAACCGACCUCAACUCCGGAGCCCAAACAAAAUGAGAUUCUUGAACUUUUCAAAAAGAUCCAGAUUCAAGUUCGAGAAAGAGACGCUGCUAAGGGAGACAAGAAGAAGAAGACUGAGUUGAAGCAGCCACAUGGUAAGGACGAUGAACCUGUGGAAAAUAUCCUUAAAAUUUUAAGGGAAAAUAGGAGUAAAACUGGGAAGACAGGUAGGAGCAGUAGUGGUAGCAACAGGGGCAUCAUCUUGGAGGAACCUGAAUCUAACCAUGCAUUGGAGAAAGAGAAAAGCACUCUGGACUCCAUCUUGGACCAGUCUGAACAGAAUGGCGCAUUUGAGAGGAAGGAAAGUUCGACCUCAUCGAACUCGAGGAAUAAUUUAAAGGACAAAGCGCAGGGACAUGGGCGCGAAUCCCCUACUUUUCGCAGACCAGUAUCAAAAUUCCAACGUAGAUCUCCAGUACCUCAAGUGAAAGACCAGCCCAUUCCUUCUGAUUCUGUCAUUGAUACGUGGGUAAAUGGUAAAAGUGAGAUGCUUCAUCCAGAUCCAGAAACCAAUGAUUCCGGAAUUGAGAUGGAGCCUGAACCUGGUUUUUCUGAGGGAAUUGUGUUUGAUGGGAUGUUAGAGGAAGAAGAUUCUGAGAUUCUUGAAGGGUACAGUGAUGAAGAGGUGGAAGAAGACAAACCAAUGAUAGAUGAGGACUUAAGUGGAAUGAAAUUACCAGAACUGAGAGCCCUUGCGAAGUCUCGUGGCGUAAAGGGGAUUUCAAAGCUCAAGAAGCGUGAGCUCGUGGAAUUGCUGAGUGCAGGGGGCUCCACUUGAUAGUGCAGUGCAUGAAAAAGCCCCAUAUAUUCAAUGAUUUCACAUCUUGAGUAAGGCUAGACGGGCAUCGUUUUCUCACGAGACUUUAUGUUUCUACUUUCGUCCAGUUUAGUUGGAAUUGAGAAGUUUUUGUUGAUGCUUCUGGAGGUGUUUUUUUAGUGGUGGAUUGUGCAAGUUAUUUAGCGAUCUUCUCGUUCUUGUUCCUUUGAUAGUGGUGUACUUGUUGACUGUGAUUUGAUAAACUCGUGCCCUAGUUCAAUACAAUUUUUCCAUCUUUGCUUGCUU